AGUACAGAAACUCGAAAAAAAAAAUACAAAAUGAAAAGAAAAUUGAAACCCAUGUUUUUGAUUAUAAAAACUGAAAAAGAAAGAGAGAAAAAUAAGCUGCAAAUAAUAAUAAUAAUGGUGGUUGAUCUUUUGAGGGAGUAGAAGAAGAAGAGUGUGUGAUAGAGAAAGAGACAGCAACAGCAGCUACAAAUACAAUCAAUCAUCUUACUACUGCUGUUACUAUUCCUAUAAUAGAAAGCAGCUAACUUUAAGAAAAGAUCAGGUGAAAGGGAUUUUGAUGUAUGAAGAAGAUUUAGGGGUUUUGUGAGUUGGAAUGUGUGGGUUUUGAAGUGAUUAAUUAAAGGGUUUGGGUCUGGGUUUAAGAAGAUCUGCUUAUAAAUGAGGUUAAAAACCAUAAUUUCGUCUAGUAGUACAGGUUUUGGUUGAAGAUUGGUUUUUGAGAAGGGGGGGUUUUAGCUGCGGAUGAAGGUUUUGGUGGAAUCAUUAUCUGUAUUCUUCUAUUCUCUUGUGGAUUGGUGGCGGUGAUAAGUAUCCAUUUCACAAGAUUAAACAAAAAAAAAGAAAGGAAUUAUUAUUUAAGGGUGGAGGGAAAAAUGGGUCUUUUACCUGAUGGGGUUUUCUGAUUAGCAAGUUUUUGGUGUUUGUUAUUUAUCUUGUUGAAAAGGGUUAUACUCAUCAAAUGAGGAUGUCGUCAUCUGGUUUCGGUCAGCAGCAGACACAGGAAGGAGGGGAGAAGAGAUGUCUGAAUUCUGAACUAUGGCAUGCAUGCGCCGGGCCUCUUGUAUCUUUACCUGCUCUUGGAAGCCGCGUGGUUUACUUCCCCCAGGGACAUAGUGAGCAGGUUGCAGCAUCAACCAACAAGGAAAUUGAGUCUCAUAUCCCUAACUACCCAAGUUUACCUCCACAACUGAUCUGUCAGCUUCACAAUGUCACUAUGCAUGCGGACGUGGAGACCGACGAAGUUUAUGCACAAAUGACCUUGCAACCGUUGAGCACGCAAGAGCAAAAUGACUCAUUUUUACCUGUAGAGUUGGGUUGCCCAAGCAAGCAGCCAACCAAUUAUUUCUGUAAAACAUUGACUGCAAGUGACACGAGCACUCAUGGAGGGUUUUCUGUUCCUCGUCGAGCAGCUGAAAAAGUCUUUCCUCCUUUGGACUUCUCCCAGCAGCCUCCUGCCCAAGAAUUGAUUGCUAGAGACCUUCAUGGUAAUGACUGGAAAUUCAGGCACAUUUUCCGGGGUCAACCCAAGAGGCAUCUUCUAACCACUGGGUGGAGUGUCUUUGUAAGUGCAAAAAGACUUGUCGCAGGGGAUUCAGUACUUUUUAUCUGGAAUGAAAAAAACCAGUUGCUUCUUGGGAUCCGCCGUGCCAGUCGACCACAAACGGUGAUGCCCUCAUCUGUUUUAUCAAGUGACAGUAUGCACAUUGGUCUUCUUGCUGCGGCAGCUCAUGCGGCUGCGACUAACAGUCGCUUUACUAUAUUUUAUAACCCCAGGGCUAGUCCAACCGAGUUUGUUAUUCCUCUGACCAAGUAUGCCAAAGCAGUAUAUCACACCCGCGUUUCUGUUGGUAUGCGCUUCCGGAUGCUAUUUGAGACGGAGGAAUCCAGUGUUCGUCGGUAUAUGGGCACAAUUACUGGAAUAAGUGACUUAGACCCCACUCGAUGGCCGAAUUCCCAUUGGCGGUCUGUAAAGGUUGGUUGGGAUGAGUCAACUGCAGGGGAGAGGCAACCUAGAGUAUCACUGUGGGAGAUUGAACCUUUAACAACGUUCCCUAUGUAUCCGUCGUCAUUCCCGCUCAGACUUAAGCGUCCUUGGCCGGCAGGUCUACCUAAUCCUCUUGGUGGUAGAGAUGACAACGUGGGACUUAAUUCUCCACUUAUGUGGUACAGAGGAGACACUGGAGACAAGGGAAUGGAAUCUUUGAAUUUCCAAGGGAUUGGUGUGACACCAUGGAUACAGCCAAGACUUGAUGCUUCCCUUUUGGGUCUGCAACCCGACGUUUACCAAGCAAUGGCUGCUGCUGCCCUUCAGGAAAUGAGAACAAUGGAUCCCUCUAAACAGGUUGAUGAAUCUCUUAUGCAAUUCUCACAAUCCCAGAAUGUCCCUGGAUCUGCUUUAAUGCAGAGGCAGAUGUUGCAACCAUCUCAAGCGUUUGUCCAAGGAAUUCAGGAAAACCAGUUCCAUACUCAGGCUCAGAUGCAAGCCCUACUUCAGCAACAACUACUUCAGAGCCGCUCAUUUAAUGAUCAGCAGCAGCAGCAACAACAACAACAGCAGCAACAACAGCAGCAGCAACAACAACAGCAGCAACAGCAACAGCAACUUCAGCAGCCACAUCAGCAGCAGCAACAACAGUAUCCUUCCCCACAACAACAGAUCCCUAAUGUUGUGUCUUCCCUGUCUCAUCUAGUCUCGUCUCCUCAAUCUCAGGCAUCUAUGCAGACCAUCCGUUCAGUUAGCCAACAGCCAAAUUAUUCAGGGUUCGCUGGGAAUCUGAUAGCCACAUCCAGUUUAUCUCCCCUACACAGUCUUUUGGGUUCAUUCUCCCAAACCGAAGCAUCGCAACUUCUUAACAUGCCAAUUUCUAACCCUUUACCCCCUUCUGCUGCUACUUGGUUGCUGAGACAAGCUUCUGCUGACUCUUUGGUCCGUUCUGGAGCGGCAACUCAGUGUGAUUUACCCCAGGUGGAUCAGUUAGGAACACAGCAGGGGAACGCCUUGCACCAUACACUCUCGUUGCCACCAUUCUCUGAUAGAGAUAGUUCGGUGGACCAAGAAGGAAGUACAGAUCCCCAAAACAAUCUUCUGUUUGGAGUUAAUAUAGAUUCGUCGUCUCUCCUUGCGCAUAAUGGGAUGUCAAGCCUCAGAGGAGUUGGUAGUGAGUGUGAAUCGACUAAUGUGCCUUUUGCUUCUGCCAAUUUUCUGAACACGACAAACACAGAUUACCCUCUUAAUCCGGAUAUGACUCCGUCCAGCUGUAUAGAUGAAUCGGAUUUUCUUCCUUCUCCAGAGAAUGGGGACCAAGGGAACCCCCCGAGAACUUUUGUUAAGGUUCAUAAGUCGGGGUCCUUUGGGAGGUCGUUGGACAUUACGAGGUUCAGCAGCUACUAUGAGUUGCGAAGUGAACUUGCGUCCAUGUUCGGCCUUGAAGGCCAGUUAGAGGACCCCCUGAGAUCAGGCUGGCAGCUUGUAUUUGUUGACCGGGAGAACGAUGUUCUUCUGCUUGGCGAUGACCCGUGGCAAGAACUGCGGAUCCUACAGUUGCUCAUUUUAUCUUUAAUGGUGCUAGAGCAUUUCUGGGGAAUUCGUAGAUAGUGUUUGGUGUAUCAAGAUACUCUCGCCACAAGAGGUUCACCAGUUGGGCAGACAAGGCCUUGAAGUUCUGAACUUAGCCCAGAACUCGGUCCAGAAGCUAACCAGUGGUAAUUGCGAUGAUCACGUAAGCCAACAGGAUCCUAGAAAUACUGGCAGCGGGAUUACAGCUGUCGGAUCAUUAGACUACUAGAAGAAAAAGAGCUCCCAACAAGAUUUACCCGUAAUGAUAUGUCCAAUACAAGCCUAUUCUCCUCUGUAUUAGUUAGGAUGUCGUCCCAAACCCACUCUGCAGAAUGGCAGGAGUAUGAAGUAAGUCUUGCUUAAUGCUUUUAUAUAUAAGCUAUAUUUACUGUAAUUAUGAUAUCCGAGAACCACUGUUAACAUCUGUAUACAAAUGACAUAUCAUCUUAGGACUGUUUGUACCCGCUCAACUUAUUUAAUGUUUAGUUUUAUAUGUUAUGUUAUCUUA